AGGAAAAUAAAUUGAAUCUCAAGUCGGGAUUGAAAAGGCAGGGGACGGUGAUGGUGGAGUCAUCUUCUUCGGCCAUAAACUCUUCCAAUAUCGGUUUCCAGCUUUUGAAGAAACAUGGCUGGACAGAAGGAACGGGUCUUGGUGCUUCCGAGCAGGGUAGGUUAGAGCCUGUGCAAGCUUACUUGAAGGAAAGCAAACGAGGCCUAGGAGCAGAUGCACCAAAGAAAGGAUCGUUGCAAGUUUCAGAAAAUGAAUCUAGUAGACAAUCUGGAAAGAACACUAACAACACAAAUUGGGUUCAAGAGGAAGAAAGAGUAAGAAAGGAUAUGAUAGCUUCAAGUUCAUCAACAGCCAUUAAUUCAUCCAAUAUAGGCUUUCAGCUGUUGAAGAAACAUGGUUGGAAGGAAGGAUCUGGUCUUGGCAUUUGUGAGCAGGGAAGGUUGGAACCUGUGGAAACAUACUUGAAGAAUAAUAAGCGUGGACUGGGAGCAGAUAAAAUACGGAAGGCUUUAAAGCCCCCUGAUCCUUCUCCUUUGAGUAGAAAGUGUGACCAGGAACUGCAUACAAAAAGAUCUAAGGGACUCUCAAAGAAGAUGAAGAAGAUGCGGGAGUUGGAAAGCAGAUUGCAAGAGAAGGAAUUUGAGCGGGCCUUUUUUAGGGAGUUCUGGCCAGAUAAUGUUUGAUAUUCUUUGAGCUCAGGAUGAAGAACUGUCCUUCGUUAUCUACCAUCUUGUACAACAACCUUGGCCUUUGUACAGGAGAUUCUUUCCUUUAUUUUGAACUUUAUUAUAUAUGCAGAUAUGAGCAGUAUUGUACAAUACUAUAAUGCUAAAUGGCAUUUGCCACCUUAAGUUUGCGUUUCAAUAUUGCAUUUCAAUGUUGCAAGUAGCCAA